AUGCUAAAAACUGAUGAUGGCGUUGAGCUUUACAAGGACGACGAAAAGGCUGAGCAUCUGUCCAAGUUCUUUCAGUCGGUUUUUACGAGAGAAGUCGCUGUACCCACUGAUCACUGUAAUGUGGACAAUGUCCCGACAAUUGACUCAGUGGUUCUCACAAAACCUAUUGUUCAACAGGAAUUACUGAAGCUAAAAGAAGGGACUUCGCCCGGUCCUGACGAAUUACCGGCAAAGUUGUUGAAGGAAUUAGCCACAGAAUUGGCAGAACCUCUGUUCGCCCUCUUCCAAGCCUCUCUUGAUGCAGGCAGACUGCCUCCUGAGUGGAAGACUGCGUGGAUUUCACCGAUUCAUAAAAAUGGCAGUCGCGCUUCCGCAAACUACCGACCAGUAAGCCUCACCUCCAUAUGCUGCAAAGUUAUGGAGCGAAUUAUCAAACGCGAACUGAUGCGGUUUUUAGAGCAAAAUCAUCUUCUGUGCGAUGCACAGCACGGUUUCCGCAGAGGGAGGUCCUGCUUAACCAAUCUACUCUACUGUCUUGAACAGUAGACCCGAGCGAUUGAUGAAGGAAACGUUGUGCAUGUGGCCUACAUAGACUUCAAGAAGGCCUUUGACAGCGUGCCACACCAACGUCUCCUACACAAGCUCAGCCGCAUAGGGGUAAGAGGCAAGCUUUUGAAGUGGAUUGAAAACUUUUUGGUCGGUCGGUCCCAGACUGUUCGUCUUGGUGGCCAGCAAUCGGCAGAGGUGACGGUUACGAGCGGAGUACCUCAGGGCUCCGUUCUUGACCCUAUCCUCUUCCUCAUCUAUAUUUAUGACUGUAUCCAUGGAUUGGACUGCAAAAUUGCCAUGUUUGCUGACGAUAUAAAGCUUUGGACCGUCAUCCGCAACGAGGUCGAUGAAGCAAAUUUACAGGCAAACUUAGACCGACUCGAAAAAUGGGCAGGUCACUGGCUCCUCCCAUUUUAUGUUACCAAAUGCAACAUUCUGAGGAUUGGCAGAACCAGCUCUGCGCACCGGCAGACGUACUAUCUAAAUCACACACCGCUGCCACUGGUAGAGGUUCAGAAAGACCUAGGGGUGUGGAUAACAUCUUCACUAAAGCCAUCAUUCCACUGCUUGAAAGCAGCGAAAUCCGCAAUGUCCAGCUUAUAUCUCAUUAAGCGGGCAUUUGUCAAGUUCGACGAAGAGUGCUUUCGCAAGGUCUUCGGGAUGUUUGUGCGACCACAGUUAGAAUUUUCCAUUCAGGCCUGGAGACCCUGGACUGUUAAGGAUCGCACCACCCUCGAAAAAGUCCAACGACGGGCAACCAAGCUUGUCAGAGGUCAUCAAAACCUACCUUACGAAACUAGACUGUCAAAUCUUAACCUCUUUCCCCUGGACUACAGACAACUCCGUGGCGAUUUAAUUCAAACGUUUAGAAUGUUACGGGGUCAAGACUGCUGCCUUGCAUCCGGCGACUUCUUUGAGCUGGCCACCACUACUAGCUUGAGAGGACACCCUCUGAAACUACGUGUGACAGGAGCGAGACUGGACGCAAGGAGGUCCUUCUUCAGCCACAGAGUGGUUAAGGCAUGGAACGCCCUGCCUGUGGAUGUCGUCAUGUCCUCAUCCGUGGACUCAUUUAAGAGAAAGCUUGACCAGUACAGAGAUAUGUACCUCCACAGCAUCAGAAACUAACGAAUUCCCCCUGUGCCACCCGCCCGAUCCAACGUUUUAUGUUACAAAGCAUGCUACUCCCUAUAUUUUAGUAACAUUACGUUUUACAAUUUUCGCUAUCUCCUGACCGCCACAUAUGCGCUUGCUUUGAUAUUACUUGGUCCAUUCGGUACCGUACUGGAUAUUGUGCAAUUUUGACAUAGAAGGCAUUCACAGACAAAUUCAUACCAGUGACCAAUGCUUGUUGUAUGUAAUUACUUACCUUAUUUUUUUCAUACUUGCCUCACACAUUGUUUUUUAUGACGUUAUUGUAACCAAAAGGGAGUUCAAAGGCGCUCGCCUACUUUUCCCUUAAUAAAUCUGAUCUGAUCUGAUCAAUGUAAGCACUACAAACAAAUCCUAAUAUCUCCCUCACAACAAAGGCGGAAAGUAUUCAAAAAGCUUGCCGUUAGAUGUAACAUUGCAUGUAUUAGAACACAAGUUAAUCCUGGGAGCAGUAAUUUUACUUUCCAGAAGUUUUUAUCUCCGUGUUGUUUAUCGAUCUCGACCUCUAUUUCAUUUGGCAGUGUUGUUACCCUUUCUGGUAUGUACAGGAAGGAGGCAGGCCACAACGGCAAGGAGCGUGGGCAAGAUCAGUGAGAACUGGAGUGUGCUGAUCACCAGCACACUCCUCCUGCAAUCGACCACAGUGGGAGUAUCACUCCAAUGGAAAGAUGCUAGGAUGACAUUCACGCAUUCCAGCAAACGCAGAGCUCAAAUGAAUGACCCCCUUAUUAACAGUUCGUAGGAACUACUGAACAACCGGCGAAAUCCGAGGUGCGCAAGGCGCCUAAAUGGGUCUGAAUUAAUAUUCAGUUGAUAUGGGAUAAAGACAACUAAAUGACCACGCUAUGAAGCUGGCCUUCCUACAGAUUUGACUACUUACGUGAGUUUUGUUCUCUUUGCAUCAUAAGACGGAUAUAUCAUUUAGGUUCUAUCUGUUAAGACAAAAUCUCUUGCUGACGAAACAUCCCACGCAGUUGAGUAUAACCCAGAUGCCAGAGUAAAUCUUCUUGUCAACAACCGAUUUGCUCCGUCGACGGAUGUUGGCUCUGCGAUAAAACCUUCGGGCUGCCGAGAAGCUUUCCUGAUACGAUGCCGAAAUGAAUCUGUUCACGCCUGGUAGAAACCGCCUAGGAUUUGGGGAAAUCAAAAAAACUUGCCAGCUAAUGAGCAUUAGGUCGUCCUGUGACUGAUAAAGCGGCUCAUCUCGUCGCUGUCAUGUUAUAUUUUCAACCGUCGAAACACUCCAAAUAUUCGUGCGUUGUCGUGUCUACGGGGACGCAUUAUUGAAAUAACCCCUCAUAUUGAGAACAGAUAUGUACAGUAAAGCACUUAGAAGUCACUCAGCAGAGGUAACUAGAAAAGAACUGAUAUGCGUUUAUUUAAAAAUAGACAAAGCUUUCUGCAGAAAGUCCGAUAGACUAAGUCUUACGCAUCCAUGCUUUAAAUUAACAAUAAAAUCACCGAUAAUACGGAGUCUGUGCAGGCCCAGGUUGUUCGGAUGGGGACGUUAACAGUGGUCAGAAAGAAAUGCUGAAAGUUCGCAAUUGUAAAAAAUUGGCAGGAUCUUACUUCGUAAUCGUACUUGUUAGGGGUUAAGGAUUAGGGGUUAGGGGUUAAGGUUAGGGGUCGGGAUUAGCGUUAGGGGUUAGGGGAUGGGGUUAGGGGUUAAUGUUAGGCGUUGGGGGUUAGGGCAUUAGGCUCGGGGGUUAGUGGUCAGACUGGGACUUGUCUACUACAAAGCGCACACAACAGUAGAUCACUUAUACUUCCGCCCCUAACGUCUUGCGCACGUUGUCCUACCUAACUCCCAGUCUCGAGAACCUGCCAAUUAAUAGCGUUGUGGCCCCAUAAAUUCCAGAAAGUAAUGAACAUUCUGGACUCUGCGACGUCAUUAAGCGCAGCAAAAGGGCCAUCAUGAAGACCAUUUUACGGAGACGACAUUAAAGACAGAAAUAGGUUGACCCGGAGCCCACCGUGAUACAAUGUCGGAUAGCUCUGUUACCCAAACUAAUCGAUGGAAAAAUCACACUUAUCCAGGUAGACCACUGCAGUCAAACCUUGCACGUAAAAUUCGCCAUUAGAUAUUUAAAGUAAAAUAUUCAUACUAUGUGAUCAACAGUUAUAACUCUUGUCGACAGUAAAUGCUAGUCAACCGACGGCACAUAUCAAGCAGUUCAGUGAAUCCUGCUCUUCGUAAUUGCCCAUAUAAGAAAUGCCAAUGCGAAUUUCCUAUACAGCGGACGUAUGAUUGACUAAUGUGGCUAACAAACAAAUAUAUUGACCAUGUCACAUCCAGCAAGGUGUGUGCGUAAUUGGUGUUCUCAUUUGAAGUUUCGUAAAAAAUCUGGGUUACCAAAAUUAUUUAUAACUAGCCUUACUGAGGAGGAAGAGAAGAAGGCGGGGGUGGUGGUGAUGGGGGGGGAGAGUAAGCGUUCAUCGAUCUGUGCUAAAUAAACAUCCGACACGUAAAACAGCAACCCCAGCUGCUGAGCAUCAGAGGCUGGCUGGUCCAGCUCAGAAACCGCGUUGAAAAUCCGCUAGGUGUGCUCGGCAUCGUAACUAGUGCGUUCAUCGUUUGUGCUAGUUUCGAUUACCGAUCGAUCAUUGAUUGCGGGACUGGUCGUCUCCUUUCCGUCUCUGUAGGGCUGACCUCAUUUUUGGCGCUUUCGGCUGUGCUGCGCGAAACCUCGGGGAUUCGAAAGGUAUGACUUAGCAAAGGGCUUUUCUCUGGAAACGAUACCUGGAAAUUGCACUUUCGCAGUUCCCAGUGUACCUUUUUUUCUGAUGUCGCCCUCUCCCCCGUGGAAAUGAACGGAUAGGAGUGCCGGAUGCCUUUAAAUUAAAACGUGGGUGUGUCCGUAUGUGCAUUACAUUUUGGGGUGUAGGUGUGUCCAGUUAUGGGUACACGUGAUGGUCUUAGCGUGUUGCCCACUUACUUGUAGGCGUUGACUACGGCUGGCGUCCACAAACUGGCACCCAACUACCACAUGUGGCUCCUCGGAGGUAAGUUCUGCCUAGCAGCCACGCCCAGGUAACCGCCUUGAUCGGCGGGCUAAACUGCGUUGAGGGUGUCUGGUGUUGUGGGUGUCCCUACGCCCACGCAUCCAUCACUACUCCCUCCACCAUCCCCCUUACCCCAUCCUCACCUCCCUCCGCACCUGAUACCGCUGCUUUCUACCCCCGCCCUCCCCCAUAUCCCCUCCCCUUCCCCUCUCCACCUUUCUCUUGCCCUUCACCCAAUGUGCUCCUUACGCUAGUCUGUCCCCUCACGGCCGAAAAGUCCUACGGUGGGGGUGACAUGUAAUCACGUAGGCGUCUGAGGCCAAUCGGGGCAAAAGCGGAGUGCGACAGCCGUCGGGGACAACUUAGCAGACCUGUUUAGGGACAUCAUUGUUUACACCCUCGCGGGGGAGGGGACUAUGCAAGGUGCCCUAAAUAAAUGCUAGGUUCAUGACAUCUGCAAUCAGACCGUGGAUCGCAGACUGUAAAACACGCGGUCGAAAUAACAACAGAAGGGCGAGUCCGCUCAGUCUGGCUGCCUGCAAUGUUCGUUCCCUUCUGGACAACUUGCGGAGUAACCGACCAGAACGGAGGGCAACGCUAGCAGCUCGAGAACUGGCAUGACACAAGGUGAACAUUGCUACACUCAGCGUGACCCGCCCGUCCGAACAAGGCCAACUGGAGGAGGUGGGUAUCGGCUAUAUCUUCUUCUGGAGCGGCCGGCCAAAUGCGGGGCGAAGAGACGCGGGUAUCACCUUUCCCAUCGCAAUCGCGGGAGGACUAUCCUGUCUGCCGCAGGGCAUCGACGGCCGACUGAUGAGCCUGCGCCCACUGAGGCGAAGACCUGCACGCACUCUUGGCGUCUGUACCGAAGGUGGGCAAGCUGGCUUACAUGCCCGCGUCGGGACAGACUGCGCUGCCUGGCGGGGAGUGCUGAGUCCUCACGUCAUCAGCGGCGGCAACGACAAUGGUCCCCAUCACCUGUGAAUGCGGGCGAUGCAAGAAAUUGCCAGACGACGCGGACUCACCUCCAUACCACACUCGUGGACUCGACACAAGCCUUCGAAACGGUGAAUCACAAAGGACUGCGUCAACUCAUGUAGAAGUUCAACUUUCCCGAGCAAUUCACGCACAUGGUACGUAAGCUCCGCUACGAGAUAAUGGCGUGCGUCGCUGACAACAGGGAAGUCUGUGAAGCAUUCGCGAAGACCAACGGAGUGAAACCGGGACGCGUACUCGCGCCCACCCUCAUCAGCCUCAUGUUUUCAGCCAAGCCACUUGACGCCUACCGUGAUGAGCGCCCGGAAAGGCGCAUUCCCUACAGAACUGACGGACACCUCAACAGCCGGCGAAUGCAGGCCCCCGCGCGUCUCUUCGCCGACGAUUGCGGACUCAACACCACAACCGAAGCAGAUGUGUGGCAGAGCAUAGGACUCUUCGCCACCAGAUGUGCCAACUUUGGUCUGACAAUCAACGCAAACAAAACAGCGGUCAUGCACCAACCGUAA